AUGUACAAGAACUGGAACAUGAAGAACCAGGAGUUGGUAACACACCUCGGACGAACAACCAAUGAAACAAAUGUGAAAAUAAUCCGUGGUAUUGUAACCUGA